GGGAGGCAGUGGGGACACGGAGCUGAGAGAGCAGGGCGGGGAGCGAAGGCAUCGCGAUAGUGCCGAGAGCGGCGCCGGGAUCUCGGCCUUGCAGUUUCCGGGCUCCAUUGUUGGGCGGCCUCAGGCUGCUGCUGGCUUCAUCCGGCCCCGGGGCAGUCGGGACCCGUGGAUGGCAGCAGACUGAGACCCUGCAGCAUGGAGCCGAAGAAGGAUCUGUGCCAGAGCCGCCCCGAGACCGAAAUGCAGCACGAAGGGAAAGAGAAGGAAGGUAAAGAGGAGGAGGAGGAGGAAGCAGAGAAUGAGUUGGAGGAGGACCAGGAGGAAGAGGCGGAGGAAGAGAAAGAGCAGCAGGUUGAAGGUAAAGCUGCCGCGGAGCCCUGUGUGCCAAGCGAGCAGUGCCCCGAGUGCGGGCAGAGCCUCCCGCCCGGCUGGCAGCCGGGAAAGCAGCAGUGCCCCCAGCCUGGCACCCAGCGCUUCAUCUGCACCCACUGCGGCCAGAGGCGCUCCAGCCUCCGGCGGCGUCGGGGAGCAACGCAGCCGGACCCCAAGCUUCGGUUGGUCUUCGGUGACUGUGGCAAGAGCUUCACGACAAGUUCCCACCAUAACAGUCACCACUGCAUCCAUGCCGGGGAAAAGCUCUACGGCUGCGGUGACUGCGGCAAGAGCUUUACCAGACACUGUGAUCUCAUACGUCACAGUCGCAUCCACACCGGGGAGAAGCCAUACAGAUGUGGCAUCUGUGGCAAGAGCUUUGCCAACAGCUCUGGUCUCAGCAGGCACCGGCAAACGCAUGCUGAGAAGAAGCAGUUCCCCUGCAGUGACUGCGGUAAGAGCUUCACCAACAGCACUGCUCUGAUCGAGCAUUGGCAUGUCCACACUGGGGAGAAGCCGUACAGCUGUGCUGUGUGUGGCGAGAGCUUUGCCAACAGUUCUGCUCUCAGCAAUCACCGCCAAAAACACGAUGGGAAGAAGUUCCUCUGUGGUGACUGCGGCAAGAGCUUCAGCAGCAAAUCUGCUCUCAAUUUUCACCGCAACAUCCACACUGGGGAGAAGCCUUACAGCUGUGGUGAGUGUGGCAAGAGCUUCACGAGCAAAUCUGCUCUGAGCUAUCACUGCAGGAUCCACACUGGGGAGAGGCCUUACAGAUGCGGUGAGUGUGGCAAGCGCUUCACCACCAGCUCUGCUCUCGGCGUGCACUGCCAAAACCAUGCUGGGGAGAAGUUCCCCUGUGCUGAGUGUGGAAAGAGCUUCACUGUCAGUUCCCGCCUUAAGCGUCACCGCCUCAUCCACACCGGCGAGAAGCCGUAUGGCUGCAACGACUGCGGCAAGAGAUUUGUCAGCAGCUUCUCUCUCAGUUACCACCGUCUCUUGCACACUGGUGAGAAGCCACACAGCUGUUCUGACUGCGGCAAGAGCUUUGUCCACAGCUAUGCUCUCAUCCGUCACCGUCACCUCCACACCGGGGUCAGUCCAUACAGUUGCAGUGACUGUGGCAAGAGCUUCAGCAGCAUCACUUACCUCAAAAUCCACCAUCGCAUUCACACCGGGGAGAAGCCGUUCCACUGCAGUGACUGCGGCAAGAACUUCACCACCAAAUCCCAGCUGAGCAGUCACCACCACAUCCACAUCAGGGAGAAGCUGUAUGGCAGCAGUGAACCUGGCAAGAGCAUUCUCCACAGCUCUGCUCUUAGUCGUCACCACCUCAACUACAUUGGAGUGAACCUCCACAUCUGUGGUGAAUGCGGCAAGACCUUCGGCAGCAUCACCGAUCUCAGAAUUCACCACCGCAUUCACACCGGGGAGAAGCCAUUCCACUGUGGUGACUGUGGCAAGAACUUCACCACCAAAUCCCAGCUGACCAUUCACCACCGCAUCCACACCGGGGAGAAGCCGUACACCUGUGCCGACUGCGGUGAGAGCUUCCGGCAGAGCUACACCCUGACUAAGCACCUGCGCAGCCGCAGGCACCAGAAGAAGAACAGCAACAAAGUGUCCAAGAGUCCCCACUCGCAUUGUGGAGCAUUCAACACAAGGAUCUGGACCUGCUGGCAGAGCAGCACAGUCUUCAGCGACACCAGCAACCCGAGUGGCAUCAGUCAGCGCAGGGGCCGCGCUAAGAGCAGUGGCAGCAACUGCCGCAUCGCCGUCGCUCCGCGCUGCCAGGCAGAGCUCCCAAACGGGCCUCCGCUACUGCUGGCUCCAUCCCGUCGAGGGCUGUCGGGACCCGUGGAUGGCAGCCGACUGAGACCCUGCAGCAUGGAGCCGAAGAAGGAUCUGUGCCAGAGCCGCCCCGAGACCGAAACGCAGUACGAAGGGAAAGAGAAGAAAGGUAAAGAAGAGGAGGAAGAGGAGGAGGUGGAGGAGGAGGAGGAGGAAGCAGAGAAUGAGUUGGAGGAGGACCAGGAGGAAGAGGCGGAGGAAGAGAAAGAUCAGCAGGUUGAAGGUGAAGGUAAAGCUGCCGCGAACGCCUCUGUGCCAGGCGAGCAGUGCCCCGAGUGUGGGCAGAGCCUCCCGCCCGGCUGGCAGCCGGGGAAGCAGCAGUGCCCCCAGCCUGGCACCCAGCGCUUCAUCUGCACCCACUGCGGCCAGAGGCACUCCAACCGUCGGCGACGUCGGGGAGCGACGCAGCCGGACCCCAAGCUUCGGCUGGUGUGCGGCGAGUGUGGCAAGAGCUUUGCCAGCAGCUCUGCUCUCAUCCGGCACCGGCAAAUGCAUGCUGGGAAGCAGUUCCCCUGUGGUGACUGCGGCAAAAGCUUCACCACCAGCUCUGCCCUAAUCCGGCACUGGAACGGCCACACCAGGGAGAAUUCAUACAGUUGCAGGGAGUGUGGCAAGAGUUUCACCACCAGUUCCCGCCUUAACAGUCACCAUUGCGUCCACGCUGGAGAGAAGCUCUAUGGCUGUGGUGAGUGUGGCAAGAGCUUUACCAGAAACGAUUAUCUCAUACGUCACAGUCAGAUCCACACAGGGGAGAAGCCAUUCAGCUGUGAUGUCUGUGGCAAGAGAUUUGCCAGCGGCUCUAGUCUCAGCAGGCACCGGCAAACGCAUGCUGAGAAGAAGCCGUUCCCCUGCCGUGACUGUGGUAAGAGCUUCACCAACAGCACUGCUCUAAUUCAGCACUGGCACGUGCACACCGGGGAGAAGCCAUACAGCUGCACUGUCUGUGGCAAGAGCUAUGCCAGCAGCUCUUAUCUCUGCAAUCAUCGCCAAAAACAUGCUGGGAAGAAGUUCCCCUGUGGUGACUGCGGCAAGAGCUUCAGCAGCAAACCUGCUCUCAAUUUUCACCGCAACAUCCACACUGGGGAGAAGCCUUACAGCUGUGGUGAGUGUGGCAAGAGCUUCUCCAGCCGCUCUGGACUCACAGUACAUUGCCGAAACCAUGCUGGGGAGACAUUCCCCUGUGCUGAGUGUGGAAAGAGCUUCACCGUCAGGUCCCGCCUUAAGCGUCACUGCCUCACCCAUACCGGCGGGAAGCCGUACGGCUGCGAUGAGUGCGGCAAGAGCUUUGUCAGCAACGUUUCUCUCAGUUACCACCGCUUCUUGCACACCGGGGAGAAGCCGUACAGAUGUGGUGACUGCGGCAAGAGCUUUGUCCGCAGCUCUGCUCUCAUCUGUCACCGUUACCUCCACACCGAGGUCGGUCCAUACAGCUGCAGUGAGUGCAGCAAGAGCUUCAGCAGCAUCACUCACCUCAAAGACCACCAUCGCAUUCACACCGGGGAGAAGCCGUUCCACUGCGAUGACUGCGGCAAGAACUUCACCACCAAAUCCCAGCUGAGCAGUCACCGCCAUAUCCACAUCAGGGAGAAGCUGUAUGGCAGCAGUGAACCUGGCAAGAGCAUUCUCCACAGCUCUGCUCUCAGUCAUCACCGCCUCAACAACAUCGGAGUGAACCUGCACAUCUGCGGUGAGUGUGGCAAGACCUUCGGCAGCAUCACUGAUCUCAAAGUUCACCACCGCAUUCACACUGGGGAGAAGCCAUUCCACUGUGGUGACUGUGGCAAGAACUUCACCACCAAAUCCCAGCUGACCAAUCACCACCGCAUCCACACUGGGGAGAAGCCGUACACCUGUGCCGACUGCGGCAAGAGCUUCCGGCAGAGCUACACCCUGACUAAGCACCUGCGCAGCCGCAGGCACCAGAAGAAGAACAGCAACAAAGCAUCCAAGAGUCCCCACCCCCAGUGAUGCCAGGAGGUGCCCAGCAGCCAUGUGCCCCUCCUGCCCUCCUGACAGUGCUGGUGCCAGGAUGCCCUGCUGGUAGAGCUGCCCCAACCGUAACCAUUCUGCCAUGAUUUGCUGUGCUGGGAUGUGUGGUUGCUCUCAGCCAGCACUGUCACCUCCACACUGGGGAGAAGCCAAACACCUGCAGUGACUGUGGCAAGAGCUUUACCAGCAGGUCUAUACACAGCCAUUCCUGUUGCCUCAACUCCACACAGAAGCCGUGGCUGCAGUGACUGCAGCAACAGCUUCACCACCAGUCCCAGCCUCACAAGCACCUCCUCAUCCAUGCCCAGCUGAAGACGUAGAGCUGUGGUGGCUGUGCUAAGAAAGAGCUUUGCCAACAGCUCUGCUCUCAGCUAUCACUGCCUUGUCUACACCGGGGAGACGCCGUACACCUGUGGUGCCAGUGGUAAGAAAGAGCUUUGACAACAGCUCUGCUCUCAACCAUCACUGCCUUAUCUACACCGGGGAGACGUCGUACAACUGUGGUGCCGGUGGCAAGAGGUUACAGCAGAACAUUGACCUUACCAAGCACCUGUGCAGCUGCAGCCACCAGACAAAGAAGAGUGGCAGCAAAGCCUCCGAGAGUCCCCACUCCCAGUGAUGCCAGGAGGUACCCAGCAGCCAUGGGCCCCUCCUGCCCACCUGACAACCCUGGUGCCAAGAUACACUGCUAGUAGAGCUACUCCAAGAGUGACCCUUCUGCCUGGUUUUGCUGUCCUGGGAUGUGGGGUUGCUGCACCAAUAGCACCAGUAACAGCAGUUGCUGCUGUGCCAUCCCCAGGCAGAGCACUCAAAUGUGCCUUGUUUGGGGGAGGGGGUCAGAGGGCAGAGCAGAGCACUCUGAUGACUGGGGUGAGAUCUCUAAGCCAUGCUGGGUCCCAAGGUGGUCUCCAUAAGCCCUGAUGAUGAUGUCAACAUCAUCACCUUCACCUCACCAACACCAAGACUGGCUUGGUACACUCAGGGAUGAAGCAACUGUUGCAUGUUGCUGCAAGUUCCAUGGAAAAUGUGCCUGGGGCAGGGAACAAUCCCAAUAAAAGA